AUGCAUAAACAUACAAUGGAAGUUGUUGCAGAUCGAUCUAUUAUAAACGAAUGCCAGGGUAUGAAACUGUUAUCGUUUUAUCUUUCUGUAUCAGCACUUAGCCUCUACCCCUAUGUGAAAGAUAAAAGUGGAGUAAUUCCUGUACAUCGACAUCAUGAAAGAAACCAGAACGGAACUUGGUUACACACGAGGUUUGUUGAUCUCAACUUCAAGCUCAAAACUAUAGACAGGGAAUAUACCGGAUUUGGGAUGAUCACCCAUUGCAGGUCAGGUAUAAAGGAUCAUGUUCUAGAUUCCCUUCCAUCGAUUGCCGAUAUGGUAGUUGGUCAUAGUUGGUUUGACUACUAUAAAACAGAUCACCACACAAAAGGAAACUACCAAGAAGAUAACUACAGUGUCAUUAUAUUGAACAGUGUUGAUCAUUGCAAGACUACUUCUUUCUGUGAUAAUAUGAUGACUAAAGCAUUGUUGCUUUGCAACGAUUGGAUUUACAAGAAAGAGGAUUACUUAUACGCUAUGAUGAACAAAUUUCCUUUCUAUGAUCAGCAGAACCAGAUAGUCAAUUAG